CACGGGAGGAAUAAACGCAGGCAGGAAGGCGGGGCUGCUUCCAUAGCCCGCCCUUCCACCUCUGCGAUUGGCUGUGAGGCUUUGGGUUUCCGCCCCCACAGGCCUGCGCCUGCGUGAGAGUUGGGGCGAGAGCCACUCAAGGAAACACCAUGAAAGAUACUGAUAUCAAGAGACUACUGUAUACCCAUCUUUUAUGCAUAUUUUCAAUUAUCCUAAGCAUUUUUAUUCCAUCAUUCUUCUUGGAGAACUUCUCAGUAUUGGAAACACACUUGACAUGGUUGUGCAUCUGUUCUGUUUUUGUAACUACCGUCAAUCUAGUAGUAUAUUUAGUAGUGAAACGAAGUGCAUCCUCUAAAAGAAGUUCAUUAACAUACAAGGUAACCAGAUUUUUGAAAUGCUGUAUCUACUUUCUUAUGUCUUGUUUCUUCUUUCAUGUAAUUUUUGUUCUAUAUGGAGCACCACUAAUAGAGUUGGUGUUGGAAACAUUUUUGUUUGCAGUUAUUUUGUCCACUUUUACUACUGUACCUUGUUUGUGUUUGUUAGGACCAAACAUCAAAGCAUGGCUAAGAGUUUUCAGUAGGCAUGGGUAAGUUUUAAUUUUAUAUUUUAGUGAUGUUUGAAAUUUAGAAAAAUUAAUGUAGUAUUUUUCUAUCUAUGCCAGUUUGCUGCUUGUUCCCUGUGUGUUUCUCUGCACUGAAUGGUUCUCCUAGAUGCCUUAAGGACCCGUUGC